AAUACUUAAAGACCUCAAAACAUCCAGUUGUGCGUUAAUAAUGGGCUAUGCGUGCUUUGAAGCUGCUGAUUUAGGGCUCACGUGUACAGUCCUCUCUCUCUUUUCUUUUCUUACACUCUUUUGCUCUUUAGUGAAAAAUACUCGUCAUCAUGGCCUGAAUGUACUAAACGUAGAGGACGAUCAGAACGUAUAGGUGGAGGAACUCUCACCACUACAGCUGAACAUUACUACUGACUUAAUGAAGAGGAUGAAGAAAGCAACAUUACAGCAAGCUUUGAAGAGGUCAUUUGAGGUGGAGAAUGCAGAUUCUUCUCACGUGCGUCGUUCUCCAUCCAUUCAGCGCAGCUCCGCAUCUCCAUCCGUCAGUCGCCAUCAUGAGCUUGGUACCAAUAGUACCAACAUCUCCAAACUUAAACCACGAACCCCUGAACUGGGACCACGUUGUGCCGAACUCAACAUUGAGUUUAAUAAUGGAAAAGCCAUUGACAGCUCACCCAGCCCUGGCGUUGCUCGAUUCAACCUGAGGAGGCCCGACAGCAAAGCUCCAGAGACACAGAAGCUUUUCAAUAAGACUCCUACCACUACCACUUCGAUCAGCCGGACCCAAGUUGCUGCCAGCGCUAAACCCCCUGAGACCACGUUUAAGAGGAACGAGUCUCCAGAGAUCAGCAUCAGCAAGGCACCUGAGGUCAGAGGUCAAGAAAUUCCUCAUCAUCCUUCAAUCACAACUCCCAAUCAGAUGGGACGAAGGUCUCCCAGUAAUGAUGGACACAGGUUCGAGGACAGUAGCAGUUUCUACAGCAACAUGGCGGACAAGGGGGCAGAUAAGGGGGCAGAGUUUGGCUAUGUGGGCAUUGAUGCCAUUCUGGAGCAGAUGAGGAGAAAAGCGAUGAAGCAAGGCUUUGAGCUUAACAUCAUGGUCGUGGGCCAAAGCGGUUUGGGUAAAUCUACUUUGAUUAACACUUUAUUCAAGUCGAAGGUGAGUCGCAGAUGUGUGAUGCCCACUGACGAGGAGAGAAUCCCCCAAACCAUCGAGAUUAAAUCCAUCAGUCAUGAUAUUGAAGAGAAGGGUGUAAGAAUGAAACUGACGGUGAUUGACACACCAGGAUUUGGAGAUCAGAUUAACAAUGAGAACUGCUGGAUGCCCAUUAUGAAGUUCAUCAAUGAGCAGUAUGAGACGUUUCUGCAGGAGGAGAUAAACAUCAGCAGGAAGAAGAAAAUACCAGAUACACGAGUACACUGCUGCAUCUACUUCAUUCCACCUACAGGACACUGUUUGCGGCCAAUUGAUAUCGAGUUCAUGAGGCACCUGAGUAAAGUGGUGAACAUCGUACCCGUCAUUUCUAAAGCAGAUACGCUAACUCUAGAGGAGAGAGACUUCUUCAAAAAGAAGAUUCGCAACGACCUUAAAGCCAAUGAGAUUGAUGUAUAUCCACAGACAGAGUUUGAUGAGGAUGCAGAGGAUAGAAUGAUUAACGAGAAGAUCAGGGAGAUGAUUCCCUUUGCUGUAGUUGGCAGUGAUCAGGAGUAUCAGGUGAACGGGAAGAGAAUUCUGGGUCGAAAAACACGAUGGGGCACAGUAGAAGUGGAGAAUGUGGAGCACUGUGAGUUUGCAUAUCUUCGGGAUUUGCUCAUCAGGACUCACAUGCAGAAUCUGAAGGACAUCACCAGCAGUAUCCACUAUGAGGUUUACCGUGUCCGCCGACUCAACGAGAACAACACACAGUCUAAUGGAGAACCCAACGGAGUGCUCACACAUGAGAUGUAGAUGUUCCAUCCAUCUAUCUGUUCAUCUGAUCAUCCAUCCCUCUCUCUGUCCGUACGGACAUGUCUGGUCCAAUCUGGACUGUAGAAGUGUUCCUAACUGAGUGUAUCAAAAAAACUGAGGUCAAACGAAUCACUUCUCUACAGUUUUAUUUUACCGCCUGGAACAGUGUCAGUGCAUGUGUUUGUGUGAGUGAUCUGUAAUGUGUGUGUGUGUGUUUUGUACCGUGUUUGUACUGCAAUUGCCAAAUUCUCAUUUUCAUAAACAAUUGAAAUAUUUUGUGUGCACUGGUGAAAACUAAUCAUUAUUGAUGCACCAGUUACAUCUGGUAUUAAACUAUGGAUUGAUAUGGGAUCAGAUUUGAGAGAUUCUUACAAAUGUUGUGAGCAUAUGUGAACUGACGACACAUACCAUCCACAAGAACACACUCAAGAAACAUGAUACUACAGUGAUUAAUAAUAUGAAGUAAAUGGUGGAACAUGUCUGGUUUAGUCUUGAAAUAUGCAACCACAGCAAGCUGAGAUUGGUUGGUCUGCUGACCGGUCAGUUGGUUGGUGGGUUGAUUGGUCAUUAAUGGCUUGUUUGGUCUCUCAUUUUGUUUCACUGUUGAAAUGUGUAAAACCCUCUAUAGGAUAAUCAGCCAUAAAUAUCAUUUAUUUAUACCCAUGUGGUGCUAGUUGUGGUGCAGCAGUAGUCCACCACCACUAAUAUCCGGGUUCGAAUCUCGUCGGUCCUGUCGCUCAGUCGGGUGUCUGAUAGCUGAAGCUCUGCAGCAGACUGCAGCCCUGUCCUACACCCAGUGUUUCACAGUGGAACCGAACCUGCCAAGACCCUGACCAGGAUAAAGUGCUUAUAUUUACAUUUUCAGCAUUUAGCAGACACCUUUAUCCAAAGCGACUUACAUUACAGUUACAGUAUACAGGUUAAGGGUCUUGAUCAAGGGCCCAACAGCAGCAACCUGGCAGUGGUGGGGCUUGAACCAGUGAUCUUCUGAUUACUAGUCCAUUUCCUUAACCACUAGGCUACAGCUUGCCCUAUGGUUGGUAAAAAUAAAAUGAAAAUAAAUACCCAGGUUUGCAUUUUAGUGAUUUUAAUGAUGAUCGCUAUGCAUUUCACAUUUUAAAUGCUGUAAUUCCCUCACUCACUCACUCAUGAUUAGUGGGCACCUCAACAAGGUGAAGCCAUGUGUUUGUUUGUUUUUAGCUUUUAUCUGAAAUCUUUGGGAGCCUGAAAGUCUUUUUGUGGAAAAUUCUUUAAUUUUCCAAUAACUGCAGUUGAACCACAAAGAAACGAUUCUAAAAAAAUGUUUGUGUUGCAUCAAGAGUGAAUAUUUUAAUGUUUUACAGUGUGCUGAAGUGAAACCUGCCAUUCGUUUUAUAUUUUGAAUGUUUACUGUUGAUCAUUCGAUUUUUAUUACAGUUUGACUAGUCAGUGUUCGUUAAUAUUAUUGCGCUUAGAUAAAGUCUGUGACUCUGCAUCGCUGUCAAACAAAUAAAACAUUGCUUUGUCUUUAAAAAUAAUCUACUUCACUGAAUCAUCCUUGAUUUUCUUUUUUCUGGAUUUUCCCCUCUUGAUCUUCCAAUUUCUUCAUCUCCAUCUCCCAUUCACCCAGAUCAGUCCUAGAGGUUGCAUAUCACAGCAGCAAUGGACAGACGCCGUCCAAACAUUUGUGUGGACGCCUGGCCAGAUCAGUAACUCUACUGAGAUGCCAACUUGUGAGUUCAAACGCUCCACAAUGGUGUGCUAGAGCUUUAGACCACUGUGUCACCUGAGUGCCCCCAUCCUCAUCAGCACAUUUUAAUAUAGUGCAAAAUAACUGGAGCUGGAGCUUCACACUUCAUAGAUGGAAACAUGAAUGGAGCAAAAGUGCUUGGACACAUUAAAGGAACUUUUAAUCUAAUCAACCAAGAAAAUGAAUCUGGAUGUUUCAACAUCCAUAAAGACACAAGAACUUAAGAAGCUGAACGUACUGCAUGGUUCAGCUGAUCUCUUGACCUCAAUUCUAAUUAAAUGUAUGGGGUAUGUAAGGAACCCUUGUAACUUUGGGGGAAAAAGUCAAAGUAUAACCACAAUGCUGAAAAUGUAAGUUUUGUUCCAUAUACGACUCAAAAGCUGUAGUUGCCAAUAAAGUACUUAUGUUAUAAA